CCAUUAAAGAUAUGUCUUUAUCUUCUGACUUGUGAAAUUUAUUCUCUCUUUAGUGCCGAUGAGCUCCUUCUAACAGAGAUGAUGUUUAAUGGGCUUUUCAAUGACCUUUCUGCAGAACAGGCAACUGCACUACUAAGCUGUUUUGUGUUUCAAGAGAAUUCUAGUGAGAUGCCCAAAUUAACAGAACAGUUAGCUGGACCCCUUCGACAAAUGCAGGAAUGUGCUAAAAGAAUUGCAAAAGUUUCAGCAGAAGCGAAGCUGGAGAUUGACGAAGAAACUUACCUAAGCUCGUUCAAACCUCACUUGAUGGAUGUGGUGUACACCUGGGCCACUGGAGCCACAUUUGCUCACAUCUGCAAAAUGACAGAUGUCUUUGAAGGUAGGGUUAUUAUCAAGGUUAUUGUACAAGUAAAUGGUGUUAUCAAUGAAGUGUGAUGGCGGUGUGACUUA